UUUAGAAAGACAGAGUCUGCUAUGGAAGAGACAUGGCUCUCCGUACUCCCCUGCCAUGCAAUAUUCGGCACAGCCUUGCCAGCAUUAGUGGAUCUGUGUUCACCCAAAACAAAACCAGAGACUGCGGCGGUGACAGACAGUCGUAUCAUACAGGGCAUUACGUGGGAGCAAACCUUCCCCUCCAGAUGCUUCUAUAUUUUAAUUCAUUGUUCUUUCCAUUCUGGUUUAUGUCUGAGAUUCUCAUUUUGGAACUUAAGUAUCAUCUACUCACAUGUUAUUAUCAAAUUCUGCAGAUAAUUGGGUUAUCCAUUCUUACACUGGUUGAAUGUUUAAGAUUAUACCUUGGAUACAUUGGAAAUUUAUAUGAAAAGGUACCAGAGCUGGCAGCAUUUCUACUUUUGACCUUCAUGAUACAGAUACCUCUUAUUCUCUUCCUUUUAACAGAUGAAGAAGUCUUAAUUCUACCGCUGGAGUAUGCUGUUCAUGCAAUUUACAUUGUUUUCCUCUCUGUGGAGCUAAUAGUCUCAUUCUUUGUGUUAAAAUUCAUGACAAGAACGCUUGCCACAGAGUUUUUCUUACAUCAUUCAGAUGACACCGAAAAAGACUUGCUAGGCAGGAACUUGUGCCAAGGGAUGUAGUAAAAUACACACAAAUAAUAGAAAAAGGGAGUGAUCCUUUAAUAUAUUAACCUAUGCUGUAUUGUUAUCUUCUUGACAUGUGUGUUUGUUUAUUUAGAGCUACAUCGGUCAGUAGUGCAAGCACAUACAAUACACAAUACUGUAUACAAAAUCGUUUUAGAUUUGAUUAUAUUUAAAUAGAUAUCUUUAUUAUUUCCGG